UCGAACUGGAACGGAAAAUGAUGAAAAAACCCAUGGCUUUAAUUGGCUCAAAAAUCCUGAAUUGACCUUUACUGACGAUGGUCAUGGCUAUGGCAAUUCGAGCUCCCACAUGUCUGUGUUCGUCCUCAUCGUCCACCAGCAUAAAACCCACCAUCUUCAACCUCUCUUCUUCAGUAAGCGUGCACCCCAAAACCUCAAGAUUGCAACUCUUUUCACUGCUUCCUCCUCUGGGUCUCGGACCCUUUUCAACGUGGAGUGGUUUGAAGCAUCUGGGUGUUUCAGUUAAAUGGAGAUCUUUGAAUUUAGAGAAGAAGAAGGGAAAAGAUAGGGCUGCUUAUGCUUCUCUCUUUGGGGUUGGAGCUCCUGAGGCUCUGGUGAUUGGAGUGGUUGCUUUGUUGGUUUUUGGUCCCAAAGGUCUGGCUGAGGUUGCUCGCAGUCUAGGGAAGACGUUGCGUGCUUUUCAGCCCACCAUUAAAGAACUUCAGGAAGUUUCUAGGGAAUUCAAGAGCACACUUGAAAAGGAGAUUGGUUUGGAUGAAAUUUCAGGUUCAAGCCCAAGAAUAGACCCCUACCAAACCAACAGUACUUUCAGCUCUUCAGUUUCCAGCACCCAGGAACCCAAGAUUGCUGCCGAUCCCAGUAGCAGCAGUUCACCCCCAGCAAAUGCUUAUACCACUGAGGAGUUAUUGAAAAUUACAGAAGAGCAACUUAAAGCAUCUGCUGCUCAACAGCAAGAACAGACAUCUCCUCAAUCAGAAAGCCAGCUUGAAACUCAGACCAUCGCUCAAGACGUUGAAGAACAGCCACCAAAUGCUGCCCCGGUUAAGGAAACCGCUGGUGGAACGCCUUCAAAUUAAUAAUGUGGAAUCAAACUGGGAAGCCUGAUUAAAGAGGGUAUCAGGAGCCAUUGCUAACAAGUCAUUCUCCAGUGGCCCCAAUAGCAACCACCUGAGAUGUCAUACAAACACGACUUAGGAUUGUUUCUUCUUAUAUUUAAGUUUGAAGCUUGAGUUAGGGAUUCCUGUAUUUCACCAUUAAUAGUCAUGCCAAGUUUUUUCCUAAAUUCAUUGUAGAGUACCCUUUUGGUUCCCAUAACCACGCCAGAAAUCCUAAAUUGUUUAGAAUUCAAAAAUUUUUGGGGGUCAUAAUAAAGAAGUGUAUUUCAGGAGAA